GGGCUCUGCGAAUGGCACUCGGGAGUAGUAUCAUAGUAUCCGGACUGUAUCAUUAUAUUGUCAAAUGAAAGACGCCUCCUCCAGUCGAUAGUUGACGUCAGGGUAGAUCCCGCAACUAUUGCAUCGAAAGGGAAUUGCGGAUAGAUAAAGAGGCAGAAGAGGACCAUCCGUCCGUAGGAGCAGACGAUCAGUUCCUGAGUGGAAAUCAACUAUACAAUGCCUUUAGGAGAGGAUGAAAAUGGAUGGAAAAAGAAGACAACUGAUAUCAAGGAAAAUUAUGAUUUCAAGGAGGUCUUGGGGACAGGAGCGUUCUCUGAGGUGUUCCUGGCUGAGGAGAAGAAGACCCAGCGUCUCGUGGCCAUUAAAUGCAUCCCUAAGAAAGCAUUGGAGGGGAAGGAGAACAGCAUUGAGAACGAGAUUGCUGUGCUACACAGAAUAAAACAUGAGAAUAUUGUUUCACUGGAGGACAUCUUCGAAAGUCAGUCGCAUUUGUAUUUGGUCAUGCAGCUUAUCGGGGGGGGAGAGCUCUUUGACAGGAUUGUCGAAAAGGGCUUCUACACCGAAAGAGAUGCCAGCAAACUCAUUCGGCAGAUUUUAGAUGCGGUGAAGUAUCUGCACGAUAUGGGCAUUGUGCACAGAGACCUGAAGCCAGAGAAUCUAUUAUACUACAGUAUGGAGGAGGACUCCAAUAUCAUGAUCAGUGACUUUGGCCUGUCUAAGAUCGAGGACUCAGGAAGUGUGAUGUCAACUGCCUGUGGAACACCUGGAUACGUAGCUCCAGAGGUUUUGGCACAAAAACCAUACAGUAAAGCAGUAGACUGUUGGUCUAUAGGAGUGAUUUCUUAUAUUCUCUUAUGUGGCUACCCUCCGUUUUACGAUGAAAAUGAUGCCAAGCUGUUUGAACAGAUUCUCAAAGCAGAGUAUGAGUUUGACUCUCCGUACUGGGACGACAUCUCUGACUCAGCCAAGGAUUUCAUCAGUCACCUGAUGGAGAAAGAUCCAUGUCUGAGAUACACAUGUGAACAGGCUUUACAGCACCCAUGGAUUUCUGGAGACACGGCUCUAGAUAGGAACAUUCAUGAGUCCGUCAGCGCUCAGAUCAAGAAGAACUUUGCCAAAAGUAAAUGGAAGCAAGCAUUCAAUGCGACAGCAGUGGUGAGACACAUGCGGAGACUGCAGCUGAGCACCAGCCUAGAGGGGCCGAGCCAAAUCACCACCACCAGCCCCUACCACAGACACCUGCUCCUGCCUGCCAAAGAGCUCGACCAGGAAGAGGACGAAGACGAGGACGAGGAUGAUAACAGUUCCCCGAGUGCGGACGGGCGUCGUGGCAGUGCCGAUCGGGACAGUCUCAGAAGCUGUACUUACUGCUGCCGACCAACCAGCAGGAUCUGAAGCGGAGCUCUGAGCCCAGCAGAACCUAGAGGAACCCAGUGGGACCCACACAUGCACGUCCACCGCACCAGUCUGACCCGGAACACAGAGCUUUCCCGGGAACGUGCACUAGAUGGCGCUAGUGCAGCUGGCGGGACACCAGAGGAGAGCGUCAUUGUUCCAGACAUUCAGACUUGGGUAUAUCAUUGACAGAUACGUAACUUCUCUAUCAUUUGAUUUCGUCUGAUUAAUUUUUCUAUACCCCAACCAAAGACAAAAAUAUAUUUAAGUUAUAUGUUUAUGUAAGGUUUAAUUAUUUUUUCAUUUUCUUAUCUUGUUUUUUUUUUAAAGAAAACGUUCAGAUCUGUUCCCCGUAGCAAUUUGGACUUUCUCGGAAAGCCGCUAGUUAUACAAUGUCUUAAUAAAUAUUAAUGUCUUAAUAAGCCCCACUUGCUCAGGCGAUGAAUUCAUGAGGAAACAAGAUAGUCGUAUCAUCUUUAAGACAUUUUUACGCCUUAAUCCAUUGUGGUUUUGUUUCGUAAGGUCUGUUGGAUAGAGUUGUCCAUGUUGAUUUUGUGAUCUGGUUCAGACUGGUACAAAACUGCGUAUAAAGUCAGAGCAGAAGUAUUUACAAACAUGACCUUGUUGUAGGUAUAAACCUGGACCAAACAGGGGUUAAGAGAUUUUAGCCACAGUCCAGAUGCUUUUUUUACACCCAGAUUAAAUGCAAUACCUAAAUAAUCUCCACAUUCAAUAAAGAUUUCUAGUUUUAGAUUUAUGGGGCAAAAGCAGUCUGUAGCACAGUUCCAAAACCUACAUUUAAAAAUUAUAUUUAGGCCUUAAUUUAAGAUGUAUGUAUUUGAAUUGUGUAUAAAAUAUUCAUAUAGCAUUAACAAACUCGUAACUGCAUGUAAUGCAUAUUUGUCAAUCAUGCAUUCAUGAAAGAAGUAAGAUUUCUGUAAUAAUACUAAUAAACUAAAUGUAUUCUAAAUACACAAUAACCAGUUUAGAUAUUUAUCAUCAAUAAAUCCAAUUUGUUUCAAUCUAAAUAUUGCUUGUUCUACAGCUAGCCAUAUUUUAACCAUGUUCACACUUUAUUGUGACUGAAUAAAUUUAAUUGUUUGUUAACAGAUAUAUGCGAAUUCUAAGCAAUUUGAAUAAAUGCAUUUUGAAAAUAUGAUUUUUUAAAUACAAUUCCAUAGAUGCAAAUAGUUAAUAAUAAACUAUGCCAUGCUUUUUUUUCAGAAAUCUAGCCAUUUUUUUACAUUUAUGACUGACAAUAACCAGGUUUAUAUAUUUAUCAUUAAUAAAUCCAAAUAGUUUCAAUCUAAUGCAUUUUACUAAUUAAAUAUUGCUUGUUCUACAGCUAGCCAUAUUUUAACCAUGUUCAUACUUUAUUUUACUGAAUAAAUUGUUUGCACAAUUAACAGAUUUGUGCUAAUUCUAAGCAAUCUGAAUAUAUGCAUUUUAAAAGUAUGAUUAUUUAAUUGCGUAGAUGCAAAUAGUUAAUAAUAAACUAUGCCAUUGUUUUCUUUUUUUUCAGAAAUCUAAACAGUGUCAUUUAUUUAUGACUGACAAUAAGCAAGGUUAUAUAUUUAUCAUUAAUAAAUCCAAUUAGUUUCGAUCUAAUGCAUUUUACUAAUUAAAUAUUUUAACCAUGUUCAUACUUUAUUUUACUGAAUAAAUUGAAUUGUUUGCACAGUUAACAGAUUUAUGCUAAUUCUAAGCAAUCUGAAUAAAUGCAUUUUGAAAAUAUGAUUUAAAUAAAAUUCCAUGGAUGCAUAUAGUUAAUAAUAAACUAUAUCAUAUUUUUUUUUCAGAAAUUGAACCAAUUUCAGUUAUUUAUGACUGACAAAUAUGCGUCACAUUAAGUUUAUUAGUUUAUUUACACUAAAUCUGUAAUCCAAAUGGAUGGUAAUAAACACAAUUCAAAUACAUAAAUCUUAAAUCUAAGCCUAAGUUUAGUAAGAAGGAAUCUGAUGCACAUUCCUUGUCCAAAAUGUAGGUCUUUUAAAACACCUCACUUUGGUCAAAAAUCUAAGGUAGAUUGAUCGCAUAAUGCAGUGCAACAAGCUCAGUAAAUAUAUUUUAUUAAAUAUUAAAAAGGAUGAAUAAAAACACUUACUAUUUUAGCCAAUAUUUGUGAGAGCUAUGUGGAUUUAUGCUUUUUAGAAUAUGCUGCCAUCAAAUUCUGUUGCAAUCAGUUGUGAGUGGAGUGUUGUAGAGUUUCAGAGUCACUUACGAGAUUCUGUUUAGGAUUAGGAUUCAGGUUUUGGAACAGAUGUUGAUGAACUACUUUUUGUCACAACAGUGAUUAAGUUCUGCAACCGAAAUGAUUUAUCUGUCCAUGAUUAUGUUGUGCAUGUCGUGUGAGCUGAUUGGUUGUUUGGGUCGCUGGCCAUAAUCUGUACUGUUCUCCUGUGCAGAAGACGUCUAAUGUUUGCAUGACCUCGUAAAAAAUAUGUUUACAAGAGCGAUGAUCAAAAUAUAAAAUAUACAUAAACAUGUUCAUAUCUUUACUACAAUACUAAUCGCAAAAUAAGACAGACUAUUGCUGUCACAAGUCAUUGUGAGACUGGAGGCACAAAAUAUUUUGACACUUAAUCUGUUUCUUUUCUAUUAAAACAUAAAUGUUGAUUUAACAUUAUCUUAAGAACUCAAUACUGGCCUUACUGUAAAACUGGAUUAAUAUAAAAAGAGCAAUGCAAGAACAUUUUUCACCUUGUUCAUCAGUAUAUCAUAUCUGUGCCAAUUUGAGCACAUUACUUACUUGAAGCCAACAAUAAUAUAAAUAAAAUGUAUUUGUUUUGCUAAUGGACCCCUUAUGUUCGUUUUGACUCUCAGUCUGAUAUAGCUGUAUUUAUCAUUUAUUUGCAUAAAGUACAUUUCUAGUUUGUCAAAACAGUGUUGUCAUUAUUUUCAAUGUAAAAUGCUUUUAUUUUCAUUUAAUUCAAAAAAAUUCUAAAAUAUGAAGUACAUGCAUAAAUAAUUAAAAUAUUUACUUUUAGAACAGCGUCAAACCCAAGUGCAAUCAUUGAUGUAAUUAGUAUAAAAAUGCAACAGUCUAAUGAGCAGUUCAGCAAUCAGUUCAUUAUGGUAAUUAUGCAAACUGCCUCAGAAGGGCUGAUUAAACAUCACGAGGAGUCAUCUUUGACUUACUCUGGCUUUGAAAAGUACUAUAGGAAUGAAGUUACACCCCUGUCGGGUAGUUGAUUCCUCCCUUGCUCAAUUUGUUUUUCACAUGGAAGUGCACACGCUUCGGAAAGCGAAGAGGAGACACAAAUACAGUAUGUGUAUUAUACAUAAAGAUGAUGUAUACAUAUAUUGUAUAUCUUUUUUGUAAAAGCUACAAAUGUAUGGAUGCAAUGCAUCAUGUGUUAUCGAUGGAGUUAUGACGAGCCAAUGAUUUGUACCCUUAAAGAUAUACAGGUAGUAGCACGUUAUGAAUAAACACUCCUUGUCUAUG